UACAAAAGCAAUUACUGGCGAGUUUUUAUUCUGUGAAUUGAAAUAAGGAUUCUUUUUGAUUAUGCUUAAUAUAUGGGUAAAUGUGAAAUGUAAAGACUAUGGUAAUGUAUAAUUCUACCUAUAACAAGAUCUUAUUUAAACAAGGAAGUUAAUAGCUUCUCAAUACAAUUUUCGUUGAUUUUCCCCGGUGUUCAAUGAUUACAUGUUAGUACAGAUUUCUUUUGAAUUUCGUACUAUUUAUUUCAUGAUAGUGAAUCGAAAUAUUCACUUUGGAUUCGGAUUAUAAACAUAACAUUUAAAAUGGCAAACAUCCAUGUUCAGUGUGAAAUGUGUUGUGAGGAAGAGGCAGUUGGAUGCUGCAAUAUAUGUGGAAACAUUUGUGAAUCGUGUUGCGUAAUUCACAAGAAAGGAAGGGCAUUCCAAAACCACAUUCUGAAGAUGUACGGAAAAGAUGGAUACAGUUCAAGGAGUAUUACAUAUGAUAUCACAGAGGAGAUAUGUAAACACCAUCCGACUGAAAGGGCGUUAUUAUUUUGUCAAAUUCAUGAAUUAAUGAUCUGUGGUCGAUGUUUUCGUUCGGAUCAUAUAUCAUGUGGUCAUAAAGUUAUUGAUUUGUGUGAAGAGGCAGGGCAUGUUGAUUACGACCAAUUUAAUGCUAUGUCCGCAGCUUUAAAUGAAAUUAAGAAUGACAGUAAGCGCAUAAAAGAAGAAAUUGAUAGACAAAAAGAAAGAAGUAAUACCCAUGCGAUUAAAUGCAAAAAAGAAUUGGAUGAUUUGGAAAAUAGACUAAAACGGAAAGUGGAACAUUCAAUCAGUAGUUUCAAAGAGGAAGCCCAAAAAUUUCACGACGAAAACAUAGCCGCCUUUUCAUUUAUUUCAUCCGUUUGUGAAGAGAAAGUGUCUUGGGCUAUCAAAGAGGAAAGUCAACUCAAUGAGUGUGUGAACAACUCGUUGACGGGUCACCUUUACCUUAUGAGCCGGAAUUUCGACAAGGGAAUUUCAGAGGUCAAAAGGCAGAUGAAAGAGGCUGAAUAUAAGAAUACCUUUAAAAAUGUUUGUUUAAAGGAAAAUACGGCUGCCUUAAAGUGCUUGAUUGAAGACUUGACUGAUGUUUGCGAACUUCAGGAGGAAGUUGAUGGAAGCGACGAAGUUACGAAGUUAUCAAUCGGGAAUGCGACUGUCGAAAAUGAAAAAACUCGAAAGGAGCUUUUCGAAGAAUUAAUCCAAGCGAAACUGGACACAGAUAAAGCAGAAACGGCAAGAAAUGAGUUCAAAGAACAGUUAUUGCAAGCGAAACGGGACUUAGAAAACUCUGAAAAAACACUGAAAGGGCUUGAACAAGAGUCACUGAAUACGAAACAGAACAUGGAGACAUCUGAAAAGACAAGGGAGAAACUCUGCGAUGAGCUGCAACAAGUAAAACAGAAACUUGAUCAUUCUGAAAAGACAAGGGAGCGAUUUGAACAAGAUUUACAGAAAGCGAAACAGGACAUAGAUAAAUCUGAAAAGAUUAGGAAGGGGAUCGAACAAGAGCUUCUGCGAGAGAAACAGGAAUUGGACAAUUCUGAAAAGGAAUGUACAAAACUCCAGGCAAAGUGUACUCACUUGAAGGAAUACAUUAAAUGGACGCAGCCCACUGGAGCGGUGGAGGUCAAGAUUAACCUGGAACAACGCUUUCCAAUUGAGUGUGUGUUUACAUUCCUGGAUGGUAUUCAGACGAUACACAAUCCGAACCCGGGAAAACCGUAUAAAGGCGGGAUGUUUACAGGACGUUUAAAGAACGACAAUGAGGGUCAGCUGGUUUGUAGGAUGUUGAAGGCGACGUUUAGGAGAGGACUGAUGUUUACUGUUAAUAAGGAAGAGGGGGUUGGGCUGGAUGGCUUAUCACUGUUUUGUGAUUCUGCUGUGCUUCAGGUCACGCGUUAUCGUAGAUACAUACGGACGGUGAAAGCGGAGCUUGCAGCCAAGGGCAUCACAGAGGCGAACAUAGAUCUAACGGAGAAGCUGGAAGAGACCUUCAUUGUCGAUGAUCCGUGACUUUCAUCGAACAUUUGUUGUCGUUAGUCUUUCCAUCAGGCGAUAUGAGUUUUAAUAGCUAAAGAUUUAUUAAGUCAUGUGAAAGAAUUGCAUAACACGAUAACGUCAUAUGAUGCUUAUUUAUGGCAAAUGUUAAUAUAUGGGGACAAGCUAUGUUACAAAUCCCGUACUGCGAUGUAGUUAUAUAACAUCUGGAUCAAUUGGCAAGAAUACAUAUGAAAUGAUAACAACAAACAAACCAUUUACUUUUUCCAGAAAAUACUAAAUACGUUGUAUCUUAUCUUGUCUGGUAAAUGUUUGUUUGGUAAGCGCGGCAAGUUUUCGCUUUAGUUCAUUUAUAACUUUACAUUAGCGAGGUUUCGAAAGCCGAUUGUACGGAUACGCAUAUGUGUGGGCGUUUUGGGGCACAAUGUCGUCAUGGUUAAUGAAAUUGCACAACUUCCGACCGACAUGUAUGUUAGCUCGAGGAAUGUGUUGAUGCGAGUGUCAGUGUAUCUAAAAGUACAAAAUGAAAGUUAAAUGAUCGUAGCUAAACGUACAAGUACUCAUACAGGUAAUGAGUACAAUGUAUUAUUCAAUUUAUUUAUAGUGUGUAACCUUAUAUUCCAUGAAUGAAGAUAAUAUUAACAUACAUAGUUUGCAAAUUUGUUGUAAAUUGUACAAAUGUUUUGUUUUCCAUGAUAAAUUGUUUGUGUUGAAGUAAGCAUAUUAAUCGGCAUAUAAAGACAAAUGUGCUACCCGUGUAUGCGGAGAAUAUCCGUGCAAAAAGUAAGGUGGUUGUCCGGUUAGCGCAGUGGUUAGCUCACUCGUUUCUUACCAAGGCGACCCUAGUUCGAUUUCCGGCCUGGGCGCAUGUCAAUUUUGUUUGUGGUCACCAAGCCGGACAAUUGUGUUUUUUUUUCGGGUACUCCGGUUUCCCCCACAGAACAUGACCACACUCUCGCGUAAUAUCGUGUUAACGAGCGUGACUAAUAUAAUGUUGUAAUAACUUGUUUCACAAUCGUUGUAAAAUAAAUAAGUUUAAACUGAACUAAAAGUAACGUGCCUAUAAAUAUAAACGCUGUUCAUUUUUACGCAAGUUUUGUUAUAUGUUGUCCUUGUCCUUGAAACAGUUACUUCAGCCACACAACUCGCGUUCGUGUAUACUCUCUUUAAUAGUUCGGAUAGGAGAUGUUUUAACUAAUGCUUUUCUAGAUUAAAAACAAGUUAAAUACUUAAUAUGUCAGCUCAAUAUGAACGAUGUAUUGAGUUAUUGCUAAACCGUAGCAGCAAUAAGGCAUGUAGUUUGGGGUAACAACCGUGUAGACACAUUUAUGUAGGUACAUAGGUUUAAAUAUUUUCAUCUUCUGUUGAGGAUAUUAAUGAGUGUUCGAGGGAAGCACCACAAAUAAGGAACAAUCCGUUUAUAGAUUCAAUACACGGGGACAUAAAUUACAGCAAUAACAAGGUUAUUGUUAAAAUGAAAAGACAUCCAAAUUGAUUCUCUCAUGUGCUCUAUGGUCAGCAUUAAACAUAUUAAUUGGUCUCUGUCAUGUUUUAAAGGAUCAGUCAAUGCACAUGUUCAUAAGUCACUCUCAGGUGUCGUAGAGUCAGCCAUUGCAUAUGUUAAUGAGUCUCUCUCAUGUUGUAUACUUUCAGCCGUUGAACAUGUUAAUAAGUUUCUCUCAUGUGUUGUAGGGUCAAUCAUUGAGCAUGUUUAAAGCUUUUCUCUCAUGUUUUGUAGGGUCAGCUAUUGAACAUGUAAAAAUCUUUCCCUCAUGUUUUGUAGGGUCAGCCAUAAACAUGUAAAAAGGUUUCUCUAAUAUUUUGUAAGGUAAGCCUUUGAACAUGUUUAUAGAUGUCACUUAUAUUUUGUAGGGUCAGCCAUUGUACAUGUUUAUAGGUUCCUCUCAUAUUUUGUAAGGGCAGCCUUUGAACAUAUUUAUAGGUGUCUCUUAUAUUUGAGUCAGCCAUUGAAAAUGUUAAUAGGUUUCCCUCAUGUUUUGUAGUGUCAGCCAUUGAACAUGUUAACAUAUUUCUUACAUAUUUUGUAGGGUCAGCCAAUGAACAUGUUAAUAGGUUUCUCUCAUGAUUUAGGGUCUGCCAUAUUGAACAUGAUAAUAGAUUUCUCUCACAUUUAGUAUGAUUCGCCAUUGAACAUUUUAAUGGGUUUCGCUAAUGUUUUGCAGGGUCAUCCAAUGAACAUGCAAAUUUGUUUUUCUUAUGUUUUAUAGGGCAAACAAAUGAACAUAUUAAUGUGGGUCUCCAUAAUUUUAAAGAAUGUUUACGUUGAUCUUUCCUUUCAAAGCAAUAUAUUGAUAAACUAAAGUAAUUCGUACUAAAUAUAUAAUAAAGGAGGACAUCACACAAAGGUACCUUGGCAGGUAAAUGUUUACAAAGUUUGCAAAUACCAACUUAGGGUUUUAUCCAUCAUGGACUUAAUAACACCCACACAUUAUACACUAUUUCAAUAUAGUUUUACUAUCAGAUUGAGGGAUUCAUCCGUGAUGGAUUGAAUUCCAUUAUGGAUUACACACUAUUUCAAUAUAGUUUUACUAACUGAUUUAGGGAUUCAUCCGUUAUGGAUUUAAUUCCAUUAUUGAUUACACACUUUUAAACUUAGUUUUAUUCCCUAAGAUUAAACCUGAAAUACUAAAAUAGGAAGCCGGUGAAACAGUCUCAAUCAUAUCAUAUCAAUAUAUAAUUCAAUAUUAAAUUGGGUUAUAG